UGUUUCAAUGCUACACUCAACGGCGGAUUUAGGGGGGAGAUAUUAUGAGGCUGGUGUCAUUAGGCGAUAGCCAUUGAAUCAUUCAAUCUUUUUUACUGGCCGUAUUUUUUCGGUUUUUCCUUUUUCUCGAUAAUUUUCUUUCUCUCUCAGGUCAUUUCCAUGGUUUUCAGAUCCCCUUUAGAGCUUUAUCCCUCCCAUUUCUUCCUGCCAAACUUCGCUGAUCGCCCUCUGCUCCUGGCGAACAGCGCUCCCACCACCAGGUCUCCAGAAGACUUGUCCAUGUUUCAGCUACCGACCCUCAACUUCUCCCCGGAGCAGGUGGCGAGCGUCUGCGAGACGCUGGAGGAGACCGGGGACAUCGAACGGCUGGGCCGCUUCCUCUGGUCCCUGCCUGUGGCUCCGGGAGCAUGCGAGGCGAUCAACAAGCACGAGUCCAUCCUGCGCGCCCGGGCCGUGGUGGCGUUCCACACGGGGAAUUUCAGAGACCUCUACCACAUCCUGGAGAACCACAAGUUCACCAAGGACUCGCACGGCAAACUGCAGGCCAUGUGGCUGGAAGCGCACUACCAGGAGGCCGAGAAGCUCCGCGGUCGUCCCCUCGGACCGGUCGAUAAGUACCGGGUGCGGAAGAAGUUUCCGCUGCCUCGGACCAUCUGGGACGGCGAGCAGAAGACGCACUGUUUCAAAGAGCGGACACGGAGCCUGCUGAGGGAGUGGUACCUUCAGGACCCAUAUCCAAACCCCAGCAAGAAAAGGGAACUGGCUCAAGCCACUGGACUCACUCCUACACAGGUCGGAAACUGGUUUAAAAACCGGAGGCAACGAGACAGAGCCGCGGCAGCCAAAAACAGGCUCCAGCACCAAGCAAUAGGACCGACCGGUAUGAGGUCCCUCUCGGAGGCCGGUCUCACCCCUCACAGCUCGGCAGAGUCGCCCUCGACCGCGGCCAGUCCCACCACCAGCGUUUCCAGUAUGACAGAGAGAGUUGAUACUGGGACGUCCAUCCUGUCCGUCACAUCCAGUGACUCGGAGUGCGAUGUAUGAUACGGAGGAGGAAAAAAAAACAAAAACAAAACAACAGCAACAACAAAAACAACACACAAAAACAAACAAAAAGAGAAAUAUUUACAGGGAAAAUGGACCUGAGAGGAAGAAAAAAAGACUUAUGAAAUAUCGCGGAUGAAAAAAGGACCGAUUGAUAUAAAUAUUAAAAUAAAAAAGAGAUAAAAGCACGUCGUUUUUUUUUUUUUAUUAAAAAGCGCUUUCAAAGGACCCACGCCUCCCCUUCCUCUUCAUACCCCCACACCACCACCUCCACUACUACUACUAGACUACUUGCAUGAUUUUUUAUUUUUAUUUUUAUUUUUUAUUUUGUAAUCAGGGAAAAUAACCUGAAUGCAAGAUUCUCCAUCAGGAACAUCGAUCAGAGGGAAUAAAAACAGAUCGUCUUGGUGUCUUCGUCGCUUUUUUUUUCCCUCCCCCCCAUCUCCGUUUUAAGUCCAAGUGAUGAUGAUGAUGAUGACGGUGAAGCAGCCGCCACGCAGACAAGAUGCAAUCCUGUUUUUACUUUGUGUUCAUCAGACAAUCAUUUUAAGUCGUAAGCACCUUUUUUAAUACACUUCUGUCACUGCCUGUGUGGGGUACAUGGUCAAAAAAAAAAAAGAAAAAAAAAAGGAAAAAAAAAGAAAAAAGAAAAUGUCGAACGGAAUCGUUUAUGACUGUAUCAGAUUUUUAUUUUUAUUUUCAAAAUUUUAUAUUGAAUUAUGUAUAUCUCAAAUAAUGCGAUCAUUCUCCCGGUCUGUAAUAUACGUGUAGAAAUAUGCUUGUACAUAAUUAUUGCUCUCCCCCGUCUCAUCCUCUUUUCUAUCCCUUCCUCACUUUUCUUGACUUGGUGUUCCUACAUAAAAUAUUUGUCAAAACUUAAAA